AUGGCUGCUAGAAACCCAAAUCCAGGAGCUUUGAAACAGGAGCAGGUAACUCCUAACGAAGCGUUGAAGUUAUACAGAAAUACCUUGAAUUUUAAUGUCAUCAGUCGAUACGACCCAUCAAUUAAGCAACUUUUAUACCACACAACUUACUGCGUAAUCUACAAAUUCAACGAUGAACUACAGGAAUGGACAAAAACAGACUACCUGGGAAUGCUUGCUCUUUAUCUCAGAGACUUUAAAGUGCCUUCGACUGGCCGACUGACAAGCUACCAGGACUUACAAAAUCUUUUUUGUUACGGUCUUAUUUUAAUGAACAGGAAUAACCCAGAGUGUUUUUCAUUGGGUCUUCUCCCAAAUAAAUUUAUUAAGCACUUUUUUCCAAAUGGGGUGAAUGGGUUGAACGUCUUAGAAAUGGAUGUAGAGUUGAAUGAUAAUUUGAUAAUUGUGAAAAAUUUAUUGGGCGAAAUUUUUGGCUUGUGGGUCUUUAAUGAAGAUGACAGAAGAAAACUUUUCAAGUCUCUAGAGUAUUGUCUUAAUAAUGAAGCAUCAGUAAUCACUAAAUAA